AUGGCGAGCCAAGAGAACAGUAAAGACUUACCGGCCCAGGGUGAUCGGACACCCAGGGCCCGGCGAGAGGGGGGUAUGGUCUCUGCUCCUCUCCCGUCGUUAUCAGAUGCAGGGCUACCCGAUGGGUGCACCGCAGGCCCAUCGGGGGAAACAGCGCCUGCGAGAACCGGUGCCCUGGCUGUACCAGGACAUCGGCUGAGGGGUAGGGUGAGGGACUCUUCGUCCGACUCUAUGGAGUCGUAUUUGAGGACUCCCUUACCAAGUAGUGAGGAUGAGGAUGAUGUGCCUCUUUCCCCGGCGCCCUCCCUGGAGGGCAAAGAAAAGGAGGCAUAUGUGGAGAGGCUUGGACUCCCGCCGACCCAUGGUCUUUUUGUGGGCCUUGGAAAGGUUAGAGAGAAGCUGCGUGCUUUGCGGUACGCAGAAAGGAAGCGCCAGCAGGCGAAGACCGGGUGGCCGCCUGUUGGAGAAACGGACACGGGCUCGGAGAUGUCUGGUCGUCCCUCGGAUACGGAGUCCAUCCGAAGAUUAAGGAGGACGUAUCUACGGGAUACACCUCCUAAUCUGGAAGACGAGCUGGCGCUGCUCGAUGCAAGGAGCAUCGCUGGCCGGGUUUGGGCGGAAUUGGAGGUGGUGGACAAAGUGGCCACCACCUCCAAAAACCUUAAGGGCACUGCCGUUAAGGCUCUCCGCGAGGCAACCAGGAACUCCAGGUUUAUCCUGGAGUUCCUGGAUGGAAGAAUGAGGGCAGACCCGAACACCCUCAUUGCCCCGACUCCGUCUCGGACUUAUUCCGAGAAUGCGGAGUUGAGGGCCGAGGUGACGAGACUGCAGGAGGAGGUGGAGGCAUUGCGGGCUAAAGUCCGCAUGCCUCCGCCAUUGCCCCCGGGUCCUACUAAAGGACAAAAAGAGGUCGGUGAGGGCGAUCUUCUUAAGAAGAUCGAGGCUCUCAUCGACCGAAAGCUGGAGGCCCUCCUGCCAGAAAGACCUCAGGGUAGCUUCGAGGAAGUAAGGGCCGCUAAGCCCGCUCCCUCGAAGAGCGGGAAGAGCGGCAAGGAGGGAGGGGUGGCACCACCUCAGGCUAAGGCCGGGGGUUCCCGCUCCUCUUCUACUGCGGGAAGACAGCUUCUCGGCCCGUCUCCGAGCAGUAGCAAGGAGACGUGGUCAAAGGUUGUAGGCAGAAAGAGCAAGCGGGCGGCCAAGGCACCGGCCAAAGCCGCAGCGCGUUCUUCCUCUAAGGCCCCAGGUUCUGGGGCGAGACCAGGGCGGGUUGUCCCGGGGGAAGGGGUGAAUGAUCGCCCUUCUCCUCUCUCAGAGAGAAAGAAGAAGGCGAAGGUGAAGCGUCCUCGCCUUCGGGUCCCGACGACGGCAGCGGUUACGCUGACGUCGCCGGGGGAGACUGGCCUCCUGACGGAGGUGGUGAAGGCGUGUCGGGCCAAUUUCUCCUUGGAGAGUCUUGGCAUAGACCACGUUCGUCUCCGGAGGACUGUCACCGGGGGUCUUCUUUUAGAGAUCUCCGGUCCAGAGAAGGAGGCCAAGGCUGAUGCCUUGGCUGCAGGAAUGCGGCCGUUUGCUGCAGCGAAGGGGGUCCGUGUCGGUCGACCCGCGAAGUGCGGGGAGGUCCGCAUUCGUGGGUUUGAUCACACGGUAACCCCUGAGGAGUUGGCUUCGGCCGUGGCGUCGGCCGGGGGGUGUCGCGCGGUCGACCUUAAGGUCGGCCAAAUACGCGCCACUCCUUCGGGGGCGUGCGCGGCCUGGGUGCAAUGCCCAGUUGCCGCUGCUAGGCGACUGGGCAAUGCGAAGAAGAUAAAGGUGGGGUGGGAGUUGGCCAGGGUUGACCUUCUCCCAGCCCGACCCCUUCGCUGUCACAAGUGCCUCCAGUUGGGGCACGUCCAGAGGUUGUGCGGCGGGGGGGCGGACCGCAGCGGUAAGUGUUAUCGCUGCGGUCAGACUGGCCAUGUGGCCAGCAGGUGCGCGGCGCCGGAGCCCCAAUGUCCGCUUUGUUCGGACUUGGGGCGUCCGGCAAAACAUCGGUUGGGUGGUGCUUCGUGCACCACCCAAAGGGGCAGGGGCGGAAAAUACUUUCCUGCACAGGGAGGUCCUGCUCUUGCUGCUGCUGCUCCGCGAAGCAGCAAAGACGUAGGUGCGCCGUCCGGUUCUUUCGUGGGGGAUGUGGCACCCCAGGCCAGUCCGUCGCGGGAGGAUUCGGCCGACGCCGUAAUGGAGGUUGAGCUGGAGAAACCCCCGUCACCGGGGGCGGUGGCGGGUCCAGCAAUUAGUGCUGGGAAGCGGUCGGAGAAACGACCGGCCUCUCCUCCUGCCUCUAGUUCCCCUGUUCUGGGGCCUGGAGGCAAAGAGCAGAGUGUAACUGCCCAACUAUCCAGAAGAAGAAGACGACUAACUUGGAUGAACGGAGCUAGUUUUAACGACUACAGGUGA